ACCCCUCCCAGUUGUCAGACUACACCAAGGCAGCCUCUCCCUUGGGCCUCCCCUCUGGCCUAGAGGCUCUGCUUGUCUUCUCAUCCCCAGGAGGAGAGCAAGGUGAUGGGUCUGCCCCUGCUGCUGCCCCUGCUGCUGCCCCUGCUGCUGCCCCUGCUGCUGUUGCCACUAGCAUCUCUGCAGGAUGGUGGCUCAGCAAAAUGCAAAUCAGUCAUACCUUAUGAAGUCAACCAACCAAAGCACCUCUCAGCCCCUGUGGGUGGUUCCAUCCACAUCCCCUUCUCCUUCUGUUACCCCUGGGAGUUAGCUGAGGAUCCCAGGGUGAGAAUAUCCUGGAGAAGGAGAGAGUUCCAUGGGGAGUUCAUCUACAGCACAACCCCGCCUUUCACCCAUGAGGAUUACAAGGACCGCCUCUCCCUGCUCUGGACAAAGGGCCAGAGAAACGGCUCCCUCCAGAUCUCUAACUUGCGGAAGGAGGACGAGUCUGAAUACUUCUGCCGAGUUCAUUUGAACACACGGACAGAACGAGGUGAGGAAAAGUGGCAGUCCAUUGAGGGGACCAAACUCACCAUCACCACAGCCACCAAGGAACCCACAGAGGGGCCCACCAGCACCAUUACCACCACCACAGUUGGCGUCAAUGUAUCCAGGGAAGAGAGGAGCUCAGGGUCUUGGCCUCUGACUCCAGGAGCUACAGUUGGGGUGGCAGUGGGUAGUGCUGUGCUCAUAAUUGCAACUUUGGGACUGAUGGUCUGCCUCAAGUGGAAGAGAAAGAAAGGUCUGCAGACUAAAGCAAGAGCCCCAGACAGGGGAUCCUUCCAUAACACUGAGGAGAAGUAUGAGAACAUUGGGAAUACAGGACAACAUGAAGACCCCAAGCUGGACCCAAAGGUGGAUGGCAUCCUCUAUGCCUCCCUCGUCCUCACCAGCUCGACCUCACCUCCAGCACCUCCCCGCCACCUUCUCCACAACAACCCCCAGGAAGAGACCCUAUACUCUAUGCUAAAGGCCUAACAAGUGGAACUGAAUGAUGACCUCUUUACAGUAAGCCACUCGGAGGGAUCGCCACUUCCCAUAUUAGUCCCAGCCAGUCCCAGAUGACUCAGAAGUCAACAGGGAUCAAAGGCCACCGAGGACCUGAGACAAAUAGCCAUCUGUUCCAGUUCCCUCUUCAACUGCUUGCCCACAAAAAUAAAAGAGCCUAUAGGAUUUAUUUAAAUGCAUCUAAGGAGAAAAAUGAUGUCACCUUCAAGUUCUGUCCUUACCAAAAAUGAACUAUAAUAAACAGCACACACCCAAGA